AUGGCAUUCGAGACAAAAGCCACCAUCGCCUCCUUUGGGGGCACUCUCCUCAAGCUCUCGCACCAGUCCACCACGACCGGCACCCCCAUGGCCCUGAACCUCUACCUGCCCCCCGCGGCCGUCAAGGAGAACAAGAAGGUGCCCGUACUGAUCUGGCUGUCGGGCCUGACCUGCACCCCCGACAACUGCACCGAGAAGGGCUUCUUCCAGCACGGCGCGUCGCAGCACGGCAUCGCGGUGCUGUACCCAGACACCUCCCCCCGCGGGCUCGACCUGCCCGGCGAGAAGGACGCCUACGACUUUGGCGAGGCCGCCUCCUUCUACGUCGACGCCGUCAAGGCCCCCUACGACAAGAACUACCGCAUGGAGACCUACCUGACCGAGGAGCUGCCCACCGCCCUGUUCGGGAGCUCCGAGUUCGGCGGCAAGCUCGACGGCUCGCGCGUGUCCAUCGCCGGCCACUCGAUGGGCGGCCACGGCGCCCUGACCCUGUACCUGCGCCACCCGGGCAAGUACCGCUCCGUCUCGGCCUUCGCGCCCAUCGCCAACCCCUCCGAGUGCCCCUGGGGCCAGAAGGCCUUCUCCGGCUACCUGGGCGACGACAACAAGGCCGAGUGGGCCAAGCACGACGCCACCGAGCUGGUCAAGGCCUGGGACAAGAAGGCGCCCCUCAACAUGCUCGUCGACGUCGGCACCGGCGACAACUUCUACAAGCAGAAGCAGCUGCUCCCUGAGAACUUUGAGAAGGCCGUCAAGGACGCCGGGCUCGAUGGCCUCACCCUGCGUUAUCAGCCCGACUACGACCACUCUUACUUCUUCAUGUCGACCUUUAGUGACGAGCACGUCGCCCACGCCGCCAAAUUCCUCGGCGCAUAG